GCGUGCCGCCCCGCCGUGCAGAAACAAGUGUGCGAUGACAUCGGGCGACGGCUGACGGCGCUCGGGGACGCGUGGGCCCAGGGGAAGCUGUCGGCUCCCGUGAGGAGGAGGAUGGCCCUCCUAGUGCGAGAGCUGGAGCGGCGCCGCUGGGACGCGGCAGACGAGAUCCACCGCUCGCUGAUGGUGGACCACGUGAACGAGGUGAGCCUGUGGCUGGUGGGCGUCAAGCGGCUGAUCGCCGAGUGCAGGAACCUGCCCGUGGCCGAGCCGGGAGAGGACAGCACUGCGGGCGGGCCCGGCCAGGAGGCGCCUGCACGGCCCGGAGCUGCGGACUGAGUGGGGCAGGAGGAGGGACCCCCAGGAUCCAAGCGUCGCUUCUGGCUCUCACGCCUCUCCCAGAAAAGGAUUUUAAUCACUGCAACCUCUCAGUGGUGAUUCACUACGUGAUGUUCAAUAAAAAUCGCUCAUCUGUCCCCAG